AUGGAUCGUGAGGUCCUGGAGCGUAUACUUGAUGGAAGAGAGAAGCCGACAAAUCUAUCACUUGCACUUUUGAAGGAUAUCACAGAAAAUUUCUCAGAUGAUCGAGAAAUCGGUCACGGUGGAUUUGCAACUGUUUAUAAGGGAGUGCUUCGUAAUGGGAACGUUGCUGUAAAGAGGAUAAGGAACAGUCAUUCAAUCAAUGAGACAUUAUUUUAUCGAGAAGUUGACAGCCUGUUGAACAUUAAACAUAAAAACGUCGUACGCUUUCUUGGCUUCUGUGCUAGCACAGAUCAGAUAGCCAUACAAAUUGCAGGAUCAAAACGACAUAUUUAUGCUGAGGUAAGAGAAAGACUACUCUGUUUUGAGUAUAUCAGCAAUGGAAGUCUACAAAAGUAUGUUACUGAUGAAUUAAGAGGACUGGAAUGGAAUACACGCUAUGGAAUAAUUAGAGGAAUCUGUGAAGGUUUGCAUCAUCUGCACACGGAGAAGCACAUAUAUCAUAUGGAUUUGAAACCUGGCAAUAUACUACUAGAUAAUGAUAUGGUGCCGAAAAUCACAGAUUUCGGUUUAUCAAGACUUGAUGAAAAGUCAAAAACCAUGAGUGAAUACCGUCUCGGAUCACUAGGAUAUUGUGCUCCAGAGUACAUAUCUGAAGGAAAUAUGUCAUUCAAAUCAGACAUGUACAGUUUGGGAAAAAUAAUCAUCGAGCUAGUGACGGGAGGAAAGGAGAUCCUCAAUAAUAGCAACACUGUACUUAGGAGAUGGAGGCACAGAUGGAAAAAGUCAGGAAAGGAAACACCACUGGUUUACCAACAAGUAGCAAAAUGCAUCGAAAUUGGGUUACUCUGCCAAGAACGUGAACCAUCCAAGCGGCCCUUUAUAUGGGAUAUAAUAAAUGAUAUCAGCCACAUGGAAGUUGUAAACGAGGAAAUCAACAAUGCCAAUGAAUAUACAUUUGGGAAGAUAAGCUCUUGCCUGGAGGAGGAUGAUAUGCUUGGAAUUGAGCCACUCAAACUACAUUUCCCUUUUGCCCUUAACAAACAGAUGUCCUGCGAGAUUCAACUAACCAAUGAGACGGACUCUUACAUUGCCUUCAAUGUCCAAAAUAUGAGCCCCAAGUCAUACAACACACAACCGCAGAAAGACAUUAUGCCACCACGAUCCAAGUGUAACAUUGAAAUAACACUGCAGGCGCAAGGCAAUGUGCUGAUAGAUAUGCAGCAUGCCAAUGAGUUUGUUGUGUGGAGCACCAAAGUGAAUGAUGGUAUUGCAUUUGAGGAUAUUACUAAAAGCAUGUUCAUCAAAGAGACAAUCAAUGUGGUUGAUGAGGUGAAUUUGGAUGUGGUUUUUGAUGUAAGUGAGCCACAAGAAGCAAGUGACAAAAUCAGUGAGGGCAAUGCCCUCACAGAUCGUGCCAAUGAAUCUACUGUGUGGAGCACCAAAGUGAUGAUUGAUGGCCUUGCAAUUGAGGAUAUAACUACAAACAAGCUCAUUAAAGAGGCAGACACCAUGGUUGAUGAGGUGCACUUGGAUGUGGUUUUUGAUGCCAAUGAGACAUUUGAAGAGCACUCGGCUGCUAUUAUGGCCCUGAAAUUUAACCCGGCGGACACCAACAGUUUUGCAAGUGCUUCGCAUGAUACUACAAUAAAGCUCUUAUAUAUGGUUGGUGUUCAGGUUUGGAGUCUCGAUUCUCCCAAAUCCAAGUAUACUCUUUUUGGGCAUAGGCAUGUAGUGAACUUCCUGGAUUUCUUCACGCGUGAGGGUCAGCAGUAUUUGAUUAGUGGCUCCUGGGAUGCGACUGCGAAGAUAUGGGACAUGGACAAGAAGGAGUGCGUUCAUACACUUGAACAUGAGUCUGCAGUUUUUCAGGUCGUUUCCCAUCCCAAUCUUCCAGUUCUAAUUACAGGUACAAAGGAUGGUGAUGUUCACGCGUGGAGCUCAAAUGAUUUCAGGCUCAAGAGAAUACAUAACUUUCAUGACAGUGGAUGGGUUGUGGGUCUCGCAUGUUUGGUGGGAUCAGGAAGGCUUGUAGUUGCACACAAAACUGGAGUGUCGUUGAUGGAAAUUCGUGAUGAAGAAGAACAAGGUGGUAGCACAGGCAGCAAUGAUAAUUCUUUAUCAGCGACAAAUUUGGACAUCCAAAGCUAGUACCACUUUGGAGUAUAACUCAUUUUUCUCGAAGUGAUACAUAUGGCACGUCUACGUAGUUGACCAUCAUGUCCAGCAUCAUGAAUUCCUAGAUCUGGAAUUUGAACGAUUGCUUUUUGGAGAUGAAAAGUGUCGCUCGGAGCUCAACAACCAGCCAACUCUCUCAUAGAGGUGGGCAUUAUCUAGAUUGUGUGUAGAAGAUGAUGAUUUCAUGAAGAUUAGUUAUUUUUGCUCGAGAGUGAAGGGGCAUAUACA